GCCAGGGUGCGGAGGGAAAAGGAAGUAGUGUCCCAUCCCUUUCCGUCUCUCAUGUUCCUUCCUUGUGUGGCCCCUUCUGUGUGUCGUCCUCCCGUCAGCUCCCCUGUCUGUCCUGCCCCCCCUGUCAUCUGCCCCCCCGUCCCCCAUGCUGUGGACAGGCCUGCCACUCCACCAGCCCAAUGACUGCCUGGAUCAUUCUGCCUGUCGGCCUGUCUGCGUUCUCCAUCACAGGGAUAUGGAUAGUCUACGCGAUGGCCGUAAUGAACCACCACGUUUGCCCAGUGGAAAACUGGUCUUACAACGUCACAUGCGCAGAGGAGACAGCUAAACCAGGUUUCCCCAAGACAUGCUGCACCAUCCAGGACAUCCCCCUCAUCAGCAAAUGUGGGUCUUACCCUCCGGAGAGCUGUCUGUUCAGUCUGAUUGGAAAUGUGGGAGCGUUCAUGGUGGUGAUGGUGUGUUUGCUGCGCUAUGCACAGGUGAUAGAGCACGGUCAUCACUGCUGGGUGAACACAGGUGGGCUCAUAUCAGGCUGUGCCAAUGCCGUCGGCCUGGUCAUGGUGGGCAACUUUCAGGUCGACCAUGCGAAGUCCUUGCACUAUGUGGGCGCGGGCGUGGCUUUCCCAGCAGGCCUGCUGUUCGUGUGUCUGCAGUGUGUGUUGACGUACCGCGUGGCCGUCACUGCCCUCGACUCCUGGAUGGCCCACGUGCGAGUCUCUCUGGCCGUCGGAUCCCUCGUCUCCCUCGUUCUCAGCGGCAUCUUCUUCAUCCACGAGAGCUUCGUCCUUCAACACGCCGCCGCCAUCUGCGAGUGGGUCUUCACCAUAGUCAUCCUCGUCUUCUAUGGGACCUUCACCUACGAGUUCGGCACUGUCACCUUGGAAACCAUGCUGGCCGGCCUACAGCGGCACCACCGCCACGGGAUGGGUGUCAUUAUCGGUGGAGGGGCGGGGGGCGGGGCUGUGGGCGGGGCUUCCAAAGGCCUGAAAUCCCCUGGAGGAAGCAGCACCUCCACCCAUCUAAACUGCACCCCUGAGAGUAUUGCUAUGCUAUAG